GGUCUUAAUUUGGACUACAUUUCCUCUGGAUUGGAUCAUUCUUAAGAAUAUUGAUUAUGGAUGUAUGCGCUUUUCCUUAUAUUUGCCAUGCUGAUGUUGUAUCAAGGGGCUUUAUUAGUAUUCUUUAUUUAUAUCUGAAUCUUCUGAAUGGAAGAAAGAUUUGUCAUCUGUCAGCAGGUUGUUAAAAUAUUCAAUAAAAUACUGCGUUUCUUCAGUUUCAUCCAACCCCCACUUGAGAGAAAUAGGACAAGCGCUUCAAGCUUCGUUGGACUAUUUUUUAAAUUUUUUUUUUCUUAUAGCAAUUUCCUGCUCCCUUUUCUUCCCCUGCUGUAUGCAUAAUAAUGGCAUGGUAAACUCAUACUUUAACGAAAUCUAUAUUCAUGGCAUGGUAAACUCGUACUUUAACAAAAUCUAUAUUCACUUGCUUCGUAUCAUAAAAGGACUAGAAAAAUAUGGUUAGCUGAUAGCUGGUUGUAACUUUGGCCCCCUAAUUAUGCUGUUUGGCUCUUGCACUCGUUUUUUGCUUUUAAUUUGUUUCGUUUCUGGGUGCAUAACUCGAGUCUUUUUAUGCUUGGCGCAGAAAAAAGGGGAUAUUAUUUGUUGCGAUUGAUCAAAACAGGCCACUGUCUCAACAAGGCCCUUUUGAUGUCGUUUUGCAUAAGCUGUUUGGAAAUGAAUGGGGCGGAGUUAUCGAGGUUUGUCCAUCUAAACUUUAUGGAUUACCGGAAAACACAUCCAGAAGUAACCGUGCUUGAUCCGCCGCAUGCUAUUCAGCAUUUGCACAAUCGCGAGUCCAUGCUUCAGGAUGUGGUAGAGCUAAAUUUAACUGAUUGUCAUGGCAAGGUUGCUGUUCCGAGGCAAAUGGUGGUCAUGAAAGACCCAUCAUCCAUCUCUCACGAAGUUAAUAUGGCUGGGCUAAAGCUGCCGUUAGUUGUGAAGCCACUGCUAGUAGAUGGAACGGCCAAGUCACAUGAGCUGUUUCUUGCUUACGAUCAACAUUCACUCUCAGAACUUGAACCUCCAUUGGUUCUGCAAGAGUUUGUUAACCAUGGUGGUGUUCUCUUUAAGAUCUAUAUUGUUGGGGAAACCAUAAAGGUCGUGAGGCGUUUUUCUCUACCAAAUGUCAACAAGUGUGAACUAGCAAAAGUGGGUGGUGUAUUUCGUUUUCCAAGAGUUUCAUCUGCUUCGGCUUCUGCUGACGAUGCAGACCUGGAUCCAUCUGUUGCUGAACUUCCACCACAAUCAUUGCUUGAGAGGCUCGCAAAGGAGCUUCGUUGCCGACUAGGGCUCCAGUUGUUCAACAUAGACAUGAUACGAGAGCAUGGAACCAGAGAUGUCUUUUACGUCAUUGACAUCAACUACUUCCCUGGAUAUGGGAAAAUGCCAGAUUAUGAGAACAUCUUUACAGAUUUCCUACUGAGACUAGUGAAGAGCAAGUAUGAAAAUGGGGUUGCUACUUGACUGGCAGAGUACAUUUGGCUAUUCUAUAUGGUGCUCCUUGCAGGUCUAGUUUCUUGGAAAGUGAAAGAAGUUGCUAAGUAUCACUUCUGUAAUUGCUGGAUGGUAUGAAAUGCCCUUGCUGCUUGCUCCCGGUUGCAAUUUAUAGAUUCAUAUUUGUUGAUAUUUCAUGCUAUUUCUAGGCAAGACGAUGCCUCUCCAUGAACCACCGUUUGCAAGAAAUAACAAUGCUUUAGUGGGCUCUGGGCCUUCGACUGGAUCCCAUCAACGCUCUUGCGAUCUGUGACAGAACUAAUGAUAUUGAUGCAGAGAGUCAGAGUAGCUCUAUUGAUAGAUAUUUUUAAAUUCUUUCUUUUUGUGAAAAAUUGGCAAACAUUUGGGAAAAUAUAUCUGUAAAUUUCAAUGAUUUAGCUAUGCAAGUUCCUGAUGAUGAUGCAA